CACUUAGCAAAAGUUAUAACUCCACAUAUGCAUUACUUCCAAGAAGACAAUUUAAAACUACUGUAUUGGGUAUGAAACUCUUCGCCUUUCUCAGUGUGCAUGAUUCAUACAAGCAUUUAACAAACUGGACCAUUCGAGUAGAUCACAUACGGUCAACGCCAUUUAUAGCGGUAUAAAGGGCAGCAACAUCAGCCCCCUUUGGCGAACCCGCAAAAUUAAUUGACAAUUUCAAUUCUGUGGAGGCGGGUAGUAAAUUUCUCUCUACGCUCACCAUUUGAAGCUCUUCCAAUUUAUAUUGGUAUGCAAUUUGUAUAAUACUUCGACCCACUACUCAUCAUAACAUCUACACAAUUCCGAUGCCAUACACGCCACAACAUGCUGUAUGUUUGUGUAUACAUAUGUAAAUAUGUAUGUAUGUGUGUAUGUCGGCACUUAUGCGCUGAUGAACGUUUGUAUGUAUGAACAGCAAUUUCUGCGCUUAAAUUAGUCCGUGCUUUCCAGAUGCGAGAGCAUAUAUGCUCGUCGCUAGUGUUAUUGGAAUAAUAAUAGUAGCAGCUCCCAACCAUCCUCUUUAUUAAUGUCAAUAGCUAGUAACAUCAAGAAGAAUAAACAUUGCAACAACAACUACUAUACAAAUACUGUACAACAACAGCAAAAUAACAAAAUCAAAUGUUAAGCGACGCUACUGGAGAAAAUAUCGCUUAUCGCUCCUGAUCUGCUUAAGUGAUGAGCCGCCCUCACCAGUUUGAAACUGUGCUGUGAGCUUAAACGUUGUUGUGUGCGCUAUUGCGUUUGACUUUCGCAAAAAUCAUAAAAUAAUACGUUAAUCAAGUGUUUUAAUUAAAUUUCGUAUUAACAUUAAAAAAUAUAUAUAUUUAUAUAAAAUGCAGCCGAAAUUUUUGAUUUGUUUUCUUUUAUUCUGGAAUUCUGGAAUUUUUUGCUGCUUUGCCCUAAAUCAGUAUCAAAGCUAUGAAGAGGGGAUUUCAAGUACGGAUCGAAACAUUUAUACGAAUUCAUUGCUGUGUAUGGACAUAAAGCCUCAACACUCUGUGGAUAUUGAACAAAUCACUGGAUUAUGGUAUGGUAACGAGAUCAUUAUUCAUACGCAGGAUAUUCCAGGUGUAUACCAGUAUGAUAGUUGCGUAAUAAUUCAUUUGAAUGACAUAACAGAACAAGUAAGUAUAACUUUUUAAUGAAUUAUUUUUUAU